AUGCGGCUGCUGCUGCUGCUGCCGCUGCUGCCGGCGCUGGCCGAGGCCCGGCGGCCCUACGACGUGCUGCGGGCGCAGAACCUGGCUCUGAUGGGAAGCGUCUUCGGCAUCUUGCUGAUCGUCAUGAUCUUGAUGGCUGUGUGUGUCUACAAGCCCCUUCGCCGGCGGUAGCCCAGGGAGCAUGCCGGCAGGAGGGCGAAACUCUCCUGCGGCCGGCUGGCAUGUAAGUCAGGCCAGACUCCCAGGCUGGAAGAUCGA